CAUCUGCACACUUUGUAUAUGAAUGUGUAUGUCAAAGGCUGCACCUGCACAUGCCUCCAGUGUUUUCGAUCAUUUUUUAUGAUCGUACAUCGACUAACUAAUAUUCUGUAUCGAAAAUUUACUUCUACUCGCGUUGUAUAAUUUAUUUCGAAGUCGGGAUGAGUCUAACAAUAAAGUGUAGUAAAUUACUAAACUCGGUUAAUCAUGUGUACAAAAUGGGAGGUUAUUAUGCUUGUCGAAGCUUCAUUACUGUCGAGGAGGCUAAAAACAUAAAAUGGUACAAGCCUGCGAGAGUGCCUCAUAUAGAUCCUAGACAGACUGGUGAUUUAGGAUUAGAAGUAAACGUGAAACCUACUGACACCAUACUUUACUAUAAAAACUCCAAAGAGUUAGAGGACGCAAGUGAUAUUGUGAAGAAGAUGUUUACAGUAGAAUACCGGGGGUUCAAGGAGUAUAGGAACCUGAAGAGAGAGGAAAUAAUAAAUCGCGUCAAAAGACACGUUUCCGACAGAGGCUCGGUGGAGGUCCAAAUUGCUGCUAUGACAAGCGAAAUACAGGAUUUACAAAAGUACAUGGAAGUACACCCGACUGAUACGAAGACCAAAGUGUUUCUUUCAGAGUUGAUCGAUAAAAGGAAGAAGUAUCUAAAAUUCCUACGCAAUUGGGACUACAGGCGCUUCGAAUGGGUUCUAGAAAAUUUAAAUCUGACCUAUAUAGGACCCCCGGAGUACGAUACAUUUUAUCUUAUUACCUAUGCACAUGACGACUUUUUUGUUCAGUUCGACAGGCGCCCACUGAUUCGAUGCUAGUACUCUCUCAAAUUUAUAUUUGCCAAAUUGAGUAUUUGCCAAUACUCUUUUUCGAAUUCAAUAAUUGCCUCUUCGUAGAUACAUUUUAUAUUAUACCAUUUUUGCAAAACAAAUAACAUACUCUCUUUCAAAUUAGGGUUGUAUCAACCCUUACAUAAGAACAAAGAAAAAGCAUUUAUUACUGCCUUUAUAUAUGUGGGAAUAGGUAACAAAAUAAUUAGCACUGGUGAUUUCACAAGAAGAUUUAUUCAGAUCAAUUGCGUGCGUCCGUACACUCGAGAGACUUCCGCUCGAAUGCCUUUGUCCCGUUGAACAGACGUCCAACGGCUCUCCCUUAUCUCUUCUCAGAAGAAUCGCUUUUCUAAAGAAGAACGUGUAUAAACAUUUCCCAAAAGGGCCAUGUGGCCCGUCGCUAGGCCAGUCCGCCACAUAUAUUUAUAUAAAAACAUUUUUGAGACAC